AUGUCGCACCUCAUUGAGGUCUUGCCCACGGGCACGUCCCAUACCUCCGCACCGGGCUGGGCCUACGUUCCAGACAUCCGUCCUGACAUCCCACGCCAGGGUAGAGCUACCACCGCCGGGCGAAAACGAGGCGUGAGAGACUCUGCAAUCGGACGCGGAGAUAUCUCAUCGAAGCAGCAGAACGCGAUUUUGAGACGACUCGCAGAGCUUGAUCGGGAUAACCCCAAAGAUGUCCAUAUUCCGAUUCCAACCAAGCAGAAGGAUUCCAGUUCAAGGGGUUCGCGAGGCAAGACCACCUCCAAUGUUCGCCGCAUCUUAAUGUCUCAGAAAGCUUUCAAAAACUAUCUCGACGACGAAGAGGCCGCUGUCUUACUCGCUCCGACCACCGCGCCGCGUCCAAACGCUCCACGAGCUGGCAAAACACCCCCCACAUCUUCUAAAACUACACCGAAAAUAUCAAAGCAACCUCGCCCAGACCCUCCAGAGCCAGUAGUAUCCCAACUAAUCACCUCUGAAUUCGACAAUGAUCCCCUUCUCCGCUCGUAUAUCCCUUCCGCGCCCUCAGAGCGUAUCGUGCAGGCUCUCCUUUCGGAACCACCGCUCACCUAUAAGACAUCCCGUGCGACGUUUCCCGACGAGCUGAAUCGUAAACGUCCGCGGCAAUUCUGCGGAAUUUGUGGAUACUGGGGAAAAUUGAAGUGUAUCAGGUGCCAAGCAAGGGUGUGCGGCUUAGAAUGCCAAAGAACACAUGAUGAGACGGCUUGUGGCCGGAUCUUUGCGUGA